AGCCUUUUGAGCUAAUUAGCUCAGCAUACAACAAAGAUAAGUGAGCCUGGGAGGAGGGCCUCCUGAGGGGUCUUUAGAUUCUGGGAAAUGUCUGAUUGGCAGAUGUUAAAAGAGAUUCUUUGGUAAUCCUGUGCAUCAAUGAGCUGCACAAAUUCAGACCAGGACUGCAAGAAUUCAGGCAUGAGGACACUGUGCAGCAGGCUCGCACAGGCAGACCCAAGAUGGACAGAACCUUGGAAUCCUUGAGACACAUCAUUGCCCAAGUCUUGCCUCACAGAGACCCGGCUCUAGUCUUCAAAGACUUGAAUGUUGUGUCAAUGUUACAGGAAUUUUGGGAAAGCAAGCAGCAACAGAGGGCUGCGUUCCCAAGUGAAGGUGUGGUGGUCUACGAGUCGCUGCCGUCUCCUGGACCACCCUUUGUGAGUUAUGUGACCCUCCCAGGGGGAAGCUGUUUUGGCAACUUUCAGUGCUGCUUAAGUAGAGCUGAGGCCAGACGCGAUGCAGCUAAAGUGGCCCUAAUCAACUCCCUCUUCAAUGAGCUGCCCUCUCGCAGGAUCACCAAGGAAUUCAUUAUGGAGAGUGUGCAGGAAGCAGUUGCCUCCACUAGUGGCACUUUGGAUGACGCGGACGACCCCAGCACCAGCAUUGGAGCCUACCACUACAUGCUGGAGUCAAACAUGGGGAAGACCAUGCUGGAAUUUCAGGAGCUUAUGACCAUUUUCCAACUAUUGCACUGGAAUGGAAGCCUAAAAGCCCUUCGUGAAACAAAGUGUUCCCGACAGGAAGUCAUCUCCUACUAUUCCCAGUAUUCCCUAGAUGAAAAGAUGCGCAGCCACAUGGCCCUGGACUGGAUCAUGAAGGAGCGGGAGUCACCAGGAAUUCUCUCCCAAGAGCUACGAAUGGCCCUGAGGGAGUUGGAGGAAGCCAGGAAAGCAGGACAAGAACUACGUUUUUACAAAGAAAAGAAAGAAAUCCUGAGUUUAGCCCUGACUCAGAUCUACAGUGAUCCUGACACUUCCUCACCCAGUGAUGAUCAGUUGAGCCUCACAGCCCUUUGCAGCUAUCACUAACAAGGCCAGGUCCCAGCUGCCCCCAAGGCGGGCAGAGGCCGGACUGUAACAUUAGGAAGCUAAUAGAAGGAGGUCAUCAGAGGCUUUAGCAGCUAUAGAUGCUGCCUGAAGGCUGUACUAAUUCUCCCCACCCAUUCCAUUCAUAGAAUCUCAGAGUAGGAGGACCCUUAUAGGACCCAACAUGUCACUCAAUGCAAUUUUCCCAUCACACUCUCGAUAGUUCCACCUCAGACUGAAAGGAUGGAGACAGGAUUGCUUGAAAAAUAUUUUCCAGGCCUGGCUUUAACCUGAAGCCUUGUUGACAUGUGCCUUGCUAGAUUAUAUAUGUUGUUUAAAAGAAUGGGUCAAUGAAGCAUCCCCGAAAAGAACACCAGCCAGGACUGGGGAAAAUAGCAUGAUAGCAAUUUAAAAAUACUUGGGAUUAAAUAAACAAUAUGGAUUCUUUUAAAAAAUAUACAGGGGUCAGAGUUUCUUCCUAAGCUUUGUGAGCUACAAGAUCACUUACACUCUACUAGGUGUAAUCCAAAACUUCAGUGAGGAUUUUAUCUGGACAUCCCACUAUCAAAGAUUUUGAACUGGUAAUAGUAUGAAAAUACUAUAUAAAUGUAAUGUGGCUUAAAAUGUCAUAGUAAUAAAAUUUUUUUUCAAUCCACUCUUCCAUAUGGGGAUAAAUAUCACCCAGGAUAGUACCCUCACUUGUAUUCCUCAAGAAGAAUUAAUAUCCAAUUUUUAUGAGUCCUGCAGUCAGUCAUAUUCAUUUUUAAUCGGCAAAUAAGAUUAAUUGAUUCAUUUUUAUUUC